AUGUCUGCCCCAAUCAACAAGGAGAAGGUCCAGGAACAAGCUGAGGAGAUCCACAAGAUCAGAAUCACCUUGACUUCCACCAAGGUCAAGCAGUUGGAGAAGGUAUGCUCUAACAUUGUUUCUAACGCUGCCCAGAACGACAUUGUCAAGAAGGGUCCAGUUAGAUUGCCAACCAAGGUGUUGAAGAUCACCACCAGAAAGGCUCCUAACGGUGAGGGUUCUAAGACUUGGGAUGCCUACGAGAUGAGAAUUCACAAGAGAGUCAUUGAUUUGCAGGCUCCUGCUCAGAUCGUCAAGAAGAUCACUCAGAUCACUAUUGAACCUGGUGUGGAUGUCGAGGUCACCAUUGCUGCUUAA